AUGUUACUCGUGGGCCUUGGGGCUGCUGCAGCGGCAAGUGCCGCAUGCAUGUUGCCGCUGCUGCUCUACUACCACUUCGUCGACAGGAAGAAGGACACUCCAAUUGCGGCUCUCUCCUUCUGCAGUACCCUCACAUUUGCUCUCCUUCUGGCCCUUCUCGUGCCUAUAGACAUCAUGCAGGCUUCCACAGUCAACUUUGCUACCCUACAGAAUGCUGAUAUCCCUCAAGAGUUGCAGCAGCCUCCAUCUGUUGCUGAGGCAGCUGCUGCAGCUCACGCGUCCAACACCGCGGCAGCCGCCUUUACCCCUGCGGGAGCCGCCGCCGCCGCUGCUGCUGCUGCUGGCUGGGCGGCACUUAAAAGGGCCUCCUUACCGCUCACCCCUGAUGUGUUGCAGCAGUUGUACCUUGGUCUGGGCAUUGCUGUCUUCCUCUGCUGCUUUAUACUGACACCUGCGGCUAUCUUCUAUGCAAAAGAGAGCGACAGGAGGCGGCUGCAGGACAUAGAUGAACUUGAAGCGUUUUCUUAUAAGGCUUCUUUUGCAGCGCUGAAGAAGACUGUUUUAUUCGUUGUGGCUGCGUGUGUGCUGCUUUUGCUGCUGCUGGCAGUGAGGCCUGGCAUGCCUCCCCCAGCUUUUUUGAGGCCCGAGGAGCCUGUUGCGCCACCGCAACGUUUGCAGCAGGAGCAGCAGGGAGUUAGUCCUGAUGAAAGGAGCUCUGCUGGCCUAAUGGCUGCAGCCGCAGCAGCAGCUUCUGCGGCUGCAGCCACGGCUAGUGCAGCUGCCGCUGCAGCAGCAGCAGCAGCACAGCGCGUGGACUCGGAUGCCGUACAACUGUACACAGCUCAGCUGCUGGGGGUUCAUAAGGCAGGAGUGGACUCUCUACUGUAUCUCGGAGCCUGCUUUCUUUGUGGGGCACAGGGGGUGUGGAUCAUUUUUGGGGCCUUCGGCGUGGCCUGUCUCCCAUUGGCGUGGCUUAAACGUCGGCCUUCCACUGAGCAGCAGCAGCAGCAAUUGGAGCACGCAAUAGCAGCAAUCCGCGAACAGCAGCGGUUGCUCCAGAACAAAUAUGCUGGCGGCCGCAAAAUGAGCCCCUUAGAUACCGAGACCUUCCAGCAUCUGCGCGCGCAGCAACGCAUCUGCAGCGAAAGGAAGUACAAGUUGCAGGUAUGGGGUCUUCUUGACAGUACCAUGUGA